GAAAUGAAGAGAGAUAUAUGUAGAUGAAGAUAUAGUCUAGAGUUGGUAGAGUGACAACGUGCUUAACAUAAAAUUUAUAAUCUAAGGAUCAAUUUGCCCUCCGUAUUUUUUCAUUGAUAUUUACAAAAUAUAUUGAAGUGCUAUUACGCAGGUGAAGUUUUAAGAGAAUUAACAGGUACCGUUUAUUUAAUCAAAAAAUCUACUUACCGCUUGUAACCUUCGGUAGACCGGAACCUAGAAUUGUUAGAAGAACACUGAAAAUCUUUGUAGCUGCUUAGUAAGCAACUGAAAAACAGUGUCUAUUCUGUCUGCCGUGUUACAACAAAGAGCAUAUCAGACGAUCCUUCUAAAGCUAAUGAUUCAAAAGACGCUUGAAGAGCAGCAUAGUCUAUUACUGGCAAAAAAGUAUACACCAGAACGAGCUCUUACUAUAUUCGAUAUUUUUUUUUUAAUUCGAGCAGAGCAGAGGAAAGUUCCUAUAUCUCUGCUAGGUGAUCUAACUUGAUGAAAUCUUGUUAAUAAUAAGUUUUUAUGUCUAAAUAUAUAGCUCAAUAGAUAUAAAACCACUUUUCGACACAUUUGCUAUCUGAAAACUCAUUAGAAUAGUUUUGGCCAGGCUUUUGUUCUACGUACUCCUAUGUGCAACGGUCUAAUACGCUGCAGUCGGCAGAAAGGCCUCAAUAAAUGCGUCUAUAUUGGCGGCAUAGCAACCGUUACUAAUUUGGCCAGUGAAAUGCUGUUUAUAGGCAUCUGAAAAUUUCACACGCAAUUUCAUUGCCGUUUCCGGUCCAACCCAAGCGAAUGUAGAAAAAACUAGUAAUUUUUGACCAGUGGAGAGCAUAGUUAUGAAACAAAAGAAAGCAACUAAAAAAGCUAGCAGUAAUUUAACUCAUAUAUAUUUGAACGAUAAGAACAUCACUCAAAUUUCAAAUAUCUAUCCAACCAAACGAAUCCAGGUGCUUUACUUACACAACAACCAGAUAUCACGGAUCGAAAAGCUCGGAGCUUUCGCACACCUAACUCAUCUGUACCUGCAAUGGAACAACAUUCGACGGAUCGAAAAUCUAGACGCUCUCAAGAACCUAAAGCAACUUUAUCUCGGUUACAACAAAAUUACUCGAAUGGAAAACUUGGACAACCUCAAAAGACUAGAGCAGGUUCACAUUGAACGGCAGCUACUGGACGGGUCGACGCGUUUCGAGUUCGAUGAGGACUGUGUGAGGGCAUUAGCAAACCAUCUAAAAGUACUGAACAUCAAAAAGUUACGGCUCACAGACAUGCGAUGGUUAGAGCCUCUGUGGAAAUUGGAAGUUCUGUUGGCUUCUGAAAACAAUUUUAAGUCUACUGAGGAUGUUACUCCUGCCAUCAGUGCUUUAUAUUCGCUGCGAGUUUUAGAUCUUCAGGGUUGCCUGGCACAAAAGGACGUUCACUACCGUGAAAAGGUCACUGCAGCCGCGGGGCACAAAUUAUUGCUACUAGACGGUAAGAUGAUAUCGCAGUCGACACGUAACUUCAUCAAAAAUUUUCAAACUAUUAAGCUGGAGAAAAAACGACGUGCCAUGACCAAUGCUGAAGAAAAGGCCAAAACAGCGAACACAUCCAAAAGUUCGGUGGAUAGCAGUAGCGGCAGUGAUUCGAUUACAACUACUGGCCGUCACUUUCCUGCAGCCAAUUCGCUAUUUCAGUUGUCUUCCAGGCGACCGGCAGUUCAGCGAAUUCUACGCAAACCGGUGAUGCGUUCACCUGUGCUGAUGAAAACUAUGUCCGCCCACUUUGGAGACGAAUUGCCCGUACGGGAUUUUACAGUUCGUCUUGGCAGGAACAACGUGUCCAAUGGUGAUCAGUCCGCUGUAAUGCUGCAAGGUAGAAUAAUAAAGGCUGAAGUCCCGGCGUUCAAGGAGAAGAUUCGAACUCAGCGGAAGGUGCAAUCGUUGCCGUCCAUCGACUAACAUCUGUAGUUCAUAUUAGUUGUGAUUUUUGGUAGUCGGUUGUGGUUGGUCCGGUAGUAAGGAACAUGGAUUGAUUAGAUAUCAGGAGUUACUCAAUUUCGAUUACAACCGAAAUCCGUUACAUUCAUCAUCACUUUAGUUAUUCUUCAAAACCAUUCCAACAAAAUUCAGUUCGGAUUAUUAUGGAAAAAUGGCACAUUUAUUUUUAUAACAUAAUAUACACUGUGAUCUGAUUUUUUCCUUACUCUUUUGUGGCAUUUACAGCAUUUCUCCGUCAUUUCCAAUCAUUUUAUACUAAUUUUCAUUGUUUUACUUGCAAUUUGUAGUAACACAGAAACUUUUCAUUUCACGUUAAAUAUUUCUGCAUGAUUUUAGUUUUUUUUAUUUAGAGCUUCAUUCUGUCCUCGUUUGCUGUUCUUCUAAUCUUAAAAGAGAUUUUGAGUGAAAUAGAUGCAAAUUUUUUUUUCUGCUUAUAUUCUAGACGUGUUUGAUACUGAACAUUUUCCAUCGCAUUUGUUUGCUGCUGUGUAACUUUGGAUUAUUAUUUGUCACUGGUUGUUGGCUUACAUUUUAGAUAGAUAGUGAUUCAUUUGUGUCUAUUGGUUGUCUAUUCAACACAUACAAAAAAAAACAAACUCAAACAACAGAAAGGAAAAUUAAUAUAAAACAAUAUGAAAAUUUAUGCCAACCAAAUGAGUUGUGCCUCUCUGUUUUCGUUCACUAGGAUUGCUCUUGGUUUCUUCGUCGAAUGGGGGUUGAAAAGGGUAAGCACAGAAUUACGAAACACAUUCUUCCCCUAUCAAGAUCAAAAAGUGUCGAAUAAUGUCUACCCUUAAAAAAAUUUACUCUAGCUUCACGUCCGAAUACAAAACGUUAUAAAAUAUAUAUAGUUUUUCCCAUAAAAAUACCUUUUCGUUCGCGACUUUUGGUCGUCGUCUGCACGAUUUUCUGCUCAUUCUUCGUGUUUUAAAAUUAAGUUAAUAAAAAUAAACGUUUAAAAGUAUGUGGAACAAAAAAAAAGAAAUAUUAUGCUUUGUAUGAUUUUUCCGCUUUACUUCAUCUUUAUUAUAUUUUAUACAAUGAAUAAUACAGUUUUCUAUCUUAACUCUUUCUUUCUCUGUGAUUUCUUAGCGUACGCAUGAAAAAUAUUGAUUUCGUUCAUUCUUGAGACUUUUAGCACGUUGUAUCAAUUGUUUACUUCUUUACUAAGUUAACGCCGCGCUACUUCUCGAAAAUAAAAUAAAACUACCGAUAUAAAAGCUACAGAUAAAUUUAAAAAAAGAAACUAAAAUAAAAUUAAAAAUAACUAAUGAUAAAAUUUUCCUAUGCUUUGCUGCUUGCUGUUCUAUAUAGCGUUUGAAAUAAUAUAAAUCUGCUCUGUUUCCUGUCAUCUACUUAGUAAACUAACUAAAAAAAAUUAAGUAAUUUUCUCACGAACAAUACCGGUUGAGAAAACAAACCGCUUUUUUGGGGAAAGCGAAACUAGCUUCCGAUUUUCGGAAAAGACUUUGAAAUCUUUAGUUUCUAACUGUGAUGCUUUUGUGUGAGUCCGUGUAGCUACCAUUGAAUUGAAUAUAAUUAUCUUACUGAAAAUACAUUGUCGUCAGUACCGAAUGGACAAUGCACUUCUGCCUCGGAGAAAAAAUAAACAAAAAAAAAAGGGGUUGCCUUCUACUCUUCAACAUAACACGCACCAUCUUCAACUGUUACAAAUUUCCUUGCAUAGAUUUAUAUUUGCAUGUACAGUGCACAAAAGUGUUGUUUCGGGUUGUAACUAUCGGUCUGGGGCCGGCAUUAAUUUAAUAUAUCACAUGAAAUUAUUUAUCUCUUGGUAAGAAAAAAAAAAACAAAGAAACGGAUUACUGGGCAAUGAACGAUAACAGAAGCUUCGGAAAUAUUUCCAUGUUUGGAAGUAUUGUUAAGCAAUGUGAUUCAAGUGUAAGAGUUAAAACAGAUAUAUUUUUAGAUUUGAAUUUGUUUUGGGAAAUGAAGAAAACGUGCCAAACUUUCCAAAGCAAUCUAACGAAAAUAAUUCAAACGUUGUCAAUAAACCAUCAGCGCCAUUUGCGAACCAGUAAGAUAAACAAUACUUAGAAACAUGAGAAUGUUUUCACAAAGCUUCAAUUUCCACUGCAAAUGUUCUCUACCGAAUUCCAGUUCUUUUUUGUUUGCUGGAAGUCUAACACUGCUAGUUAGCGCAGAUGCUUCGUUAGGUAAACGAAAUAAAAUAACUAACACUAAUAGCAGAAUAACUCAGCAAAAAUUAUUAUACUUUUUUUUAAGUAUGAUUCCAGUUCAGAUGAAGUACAGAAAACUCAAAUCGAUUGGUGGACUGCAGGAAGCAGACUUUAGUAGUAGGGAAUCGACAGACACCGAGAAAUUUAACGAUGAAAAAUUUUUUUUUUGUACAAAGUCUAAAUAUAAGUAAAAAUGGGUUCAAAUAAAGCUAGUAUAAUGAUAUACAAUCGUGCACCAAAACAACCCAAAAGCUUUCAAAUUUAACAGCUGAUCUACGCCUAAGCAUGUCAUGUUUCGUCAGAGCUUGUAGCUUCCUUUAAACAUGGGACAAUUAUGCGUAGAAUCACAUUUGAGGCAUGCUAUGGUGACGAAAUGACCACGAGGAAUAAGGAAACUAGCAAUCUGUGAAAUAAGGUGAAAUCAAACCAAAAUUCAACAGAAAAAAAAGUUCAAAAUAUCAGAAUUAGUUACCUACAGCACAGCAUAAGUAUGCUUAGCGCUAUUGCUUCACACCAUGGAAUUGAUUUUUCAGUCAUGCGAUUGUUGAUUUGGAGGGUGAUUCUGCUUUGAUUGCUUAAGAAUUUUGGCUUUCUCAGACUGAGCACUGACUCUUUUUCUCAAAUAUAUGAAGACGGAGCACAAUACUGUUUAAUUCUUGGUGAGCUUUUUUAUGAAGCGAGAAGCGAAACACUUGUUUCGAGUGUUAUUUCUACGGCUGAUCGAGAUUACUAUUUUAAAUUUUAUUAUCAUCUCUUUAUUGCAACAACUCGAUGGAAAAACUGGGGUAAUAGAUAUGAUAGAAAUACACAACUUUUAACUGGGAUUAAUACCAACUAUACGAUGAACAAAAAAUUUAUCAAUACUGUUGAAACAUAGUCAAGUUAUUGGACUAAAGAAUGAUAAUAAACUCAAAAGAGUUAUGUUCUGCUGAAAUAGUAUAAGUAGAGUCUUGUUACCUUCUACCGUGAGGCAAAAAUAAUUCAGAGUCUACUAUCUAACUACAAAAUAAGAUUGUGUGUUGAUCACAUUGGCUAGCACAUAUCUUUUAAACUCCACUUUUUGAUUCAUAAAAUGUUACCAGCAUAACAUACUCAAUUUGAAGAAAAAUAUAUGAACGCCAAUUUGAAAAAGAAACAAUCUCCAAUUGUUAUUAUUUACAACCAAAUUCACACCUUUUUAAAUAGUUUAAACUCAAUCAGCCGGAGAAAUUACGAAACUAUAACAGCACGCUAGCCUUUUCAAUGUGUGUGUGUGUGUUUGUGAUGUUCAUAUAUAUAGGUUGAACUAUAAUAAGUUUCCACUCAAUUUCUCAUCAAAAAAAUCACCGUUCUACUAGUUGUACAGUUACUGCCAGCGGUGCAAACGAAUUGCCAUUUUGAUUGAUAUUUUUGCUAACUUCUUGUGAUAAUAAACUGCUCGGUUUCUGCCUAUUCUCUAUUGUUAUUGCCCGUCGAUUCCGGUGCAUACAUAAAAUACCUGUGGUUUACAAUUUUUUUUUUCGUUUGAGCUAUAAUAACAAAACUUUCUUUUGUUUCUUUUACGCGCGCUCUAGUGUUGUGAUAUGAAUGGACGCAUUACACCCACACACGUGUUCGUUAGUGAAAUGUGUGUGUGCGCAUGUAACGUGGUCUGCCUCAUGUUUCUGCUGUUAAUUGAAUACACGCCUACCGUCUAUACAUUUAUUAUUAU